GCUAAAUCCAUUUCUAAUUUAAAUGUUUGUAUAAUAAUUAUUUAUCCGCAUGCUAAAAUUCCCUGAAAAGGUAAUGCUUGAACUAAGGCAUGAUUUUUCGCUUGAAAAUCUAGCGAAAUCUACAAUUUUUGGAAUGAGGUAGGUAUCCCGACUUUUUUCUUGAAUUUUCAUUGUAAAUAUUCUACCUAGAUGAUACCUAUAAAAGCCCUUAAAUAUUUGAAAUUAUCAACUGAUUGUAUGUUUUUGUAGCUACCUAAAUGAUAUCUGAUUCUGUGAGAAGCCCUGCAGAAAAUAAAGUUUGUAUACAUUGAUUUCACUUGCUUAGCUUUAUUACAAGAGAAACUCAUACAGUUAUUAACGCUAGUCUAUCGAAGUUUCACAAGUACGAAAGGCAUAUCCCGAAAUCGGAAACGUUCCUGUGAUUCACAUUCUUCCAUCCUUCAGUUUGGUUUACAGCAGAAGUCACAAAACACAUAAGGCAGAGGUUUAUGGAACAGGCUUACGGCUUAUUCUAGUUUGCACAGCGGUCCUCUGGAGCGCUACCGUACAGCUCGGUGGCGCUGGCUCGGUUCAUACUUCCAUUUUGUAGACUUCUCUCCUCUCUGUCAAGUAUUGACGUGACGAUUUGUCAAUUAAAUGUCAAAAAGUUGAAUUGUUUUGGUUGUGGUAUGUCACUUUUUCAUGUGUGCAUGUUUUGUGAUGUGUUUUCGUUCAAAUCUUUCAAAUGUGCUUAAAUUGUUGAUCGUGGAGGUACACAUGUGUUGAUGCUAAUUACUGUCUAAUUUUUUUGUUCACUUACUUUACUAUUAAGAUAAAUGGAAGAACCUCUAUUGACUGAUUCAGAUGAUGGUGACGACCCAGUUGUUAGAGAGAUACCAAUAAUACAUUCAAAUCAUUUGGAGAAUUACCUACACUUAUUCCAAUUUCCUCUGCAACGACAAGACUCCAAAGAUGAACAAGUUAUUAGAAAAUGUUUUGUUAAACCACAAAAUGAAGAGAUCCAGCUGGAAUUGGCCAUCAAUACCGAUUCACCAAACUUUGACGUUGAUAGGGCUGAAUUUAUACUAAAAGGAACAUUUCAAGAUACUUCAGAUAAAGAUGAACAUUUCAAGAAUAAAAUCAUAGAUAGGGUACUUUUGCAAUCACAAAAGACAAUCAAAGAAGCUAAUAAGUAUGCUGUAGCUACAUAUAAUGGAAAAGAAAUCCAUCUUACAGCUCUUAAAGAAACGAAGAAGAAAACCACGAUGUUGGGUGAGGCCUUUUCUGCAGCGAUGGAAUCAAGAAACGAAUAGAUUUGUAGAAGAAAUAAAAGUAGAUCCCUUAAGUGGAUUUAAAAAUUUUACUUGUAUAUCGUGUGAAGGUUUUGAGUUGCUGGUCAAUGCAGUUAGUCCUCAUAUUGCAAAGCAAGACACCAAAUACAGAAAAUGCGUCCCUGCAGAAGAAUUUAUGCUGAUAGAACGUCAAUUUGAAAAACAUUGGAAUUUCCCUCACUGCAUUGGGGCUAUGGAUGGCUAACAUAUUGUUAUACAAGCUCCAAAUAAUACUGGAAGUGACUUUUUUAAUUACAAAGGCGAUUUCAGCAUUGUACUUUUAGCAUUGGUCGAUGCAAAUUAUAAAUUCACGUAGGUAGAUGUCGGUUGUAAAGGAAGAAUAUCGGAUGGUGGUGUUUUCAAAAAUACGGGUUUCUAUGUUAAUCUUCAGCAAGGACAUUUAAAUUUACCUCAACCUACUGCGCUACCCGGGAGGAAGACACCAAUUCCAUAUGUCAUUGUUGCAGACGAUGAUUUUGCAUUGGAUAUGAAUUUAAUGAAACCAUAUCCCGGUCAACAUGACAAAAGAUCGAAAGAAAGAAUAUUCAAUUAGCGGUUGAGCAGAGCGAGACGUAUUGUGGAAAAUGUACAUAUUUGGGAUUUUGUCCGCUGUAUUUCGCGUACUCUGGAAACCCAUGCUUUUAGCUCCUGAAAAGGCACAAUUAAUAACACUGACAUGUUGUUAUUUGCAAAAUUUUUUGAUGACACAAAACUCGUCUUGACAGCUUUACACUUCUCCUGGCAUUUUCGAUACUGAAAACCGAAUUACCCAUAGCGCUAUCGAUGGAAGUUGGCGGCGCGAUGCACCCAUGGCAAACUUACUACCAUUAAGAAAUGUCGGAAGAAGACCAACUGGCGAUGCGAAAGAUAUAAGGGAAGAACUAGCAAAUUAUUUUCAAACUGACAUGGCAAGAAACACUAGCGUAAAAAGCAUACCUAAGUAUAAGUUAUAAAAUAAUAAAAAAAUUGAAUGUACCUGUUCAUUUAUUUCAUCUUGUGAGUUCAUGCUUGUGUUCGGCUCAUCCCUUGCAUGAAAGAAAUUCAAAUAUGCAUAAGCAAACCAUUUUGGCUUAUAUACAUCUGAAAACCCAGAACCUGAAGAUUUUGAAUCCGAUAUUUCCUUUUUUUCUCUUCGGUAUUGAGCCAAAAUAAUCUUCCAUUUUCUCAUUACCUCAGUCGAGUCACAAUUGAAACUUUGAGCCAACUCUUGAGUGGCUUCGUGUUUUUUGUUUCUAUUCUUAUAAUCAUUGUGACUGGAAUCCCAUAGAAGAGGAUACGUUUCAUCUGCUUGAAUAAAUCUUAUAAUUUGAUCAUUCGUCCAGUCCAUUUUUAAUUUCAUAAAAAAAGUGCGCGUACAAACAAAUGUUUUCACUCCAGGAGUAGAAGCAACGCUGAGUUCGCGAACAACAAGUAUGUACGCACCGACGCGAGUCCACUGCUUGUAUGUGCACGCGCACAAAAGUAACUGAUGUGUGCGCGAACGUUUCCAAAAUGUUCGCGCACAAUUUGCUAUUGUUUGCGUGAGUGAGUCGACCAGAAGAAACAUUUGUGCCGUACACUGUGCAUUAGAGUGCCGCACAGUUCAGCACACUGGUGGAAUCGCAUCUUAUGACAUACCCGAAAACAAUUGAAUU